UAUUUCUUUCCUCUUCUCAGUUCUCAUCCUUCACGCAUACCUAUCUACACUACCACUGCCAUAUUCAAGAUGUCAAUAUUCUCAUUUUUUGGCAGAGGCAUUGGGGGAGCAGCCGCUGCAGCACUUGUCGCCACCGCCGUAGCCUGGGUUAUUGGAUUUGGGCCCACAGGCAUCACCGCGGGGAGUUUGGCUACAUCAAUAAUGGCCACUUAUGGUGGUGCGGUCCCUUCAGGAUCCUUCUGUGCGAUCAUGCAGUCUAUUGGGACUGGGGCGCUCCUUCGCGCCAAGUCAAUCAUCAUCUUUCUCAUUGGAGCUGCAGCUGCUGGAGCUGCGAGUGCUAUUUAAACGGCUCACUGCCCACCCCGCUCCACCACACCAGAUGAUCCACAAGCGAUCCAUCUGCAAGUAAGCAAGCGAUCCUCACAUGCAUUCCAAGCUAGCGGAUCCUCACGCACAAGUUUUUUCAUUAAUAAAAAAUCGAUUGAGCAUUGCUCUAUUCAACAACG